AUGACAGACACGGAGGUCGUCGAUGCUGACAAGAGAGACGCUAGCAAUAACGACGACGAUGUCACGAUGGUACGUCGUCGUCGUAUCUCUCCACACGAUCUUUCUCCUAGCGAUAACCCGGGUAUGCUUCUAACCCAAGUUGUUUUGAAAGGGGAUAAUUACGAUGAGUGGUCUAAAUCUAUGAGACUUGCUCUUCGUGCCCGAAAGAAGUUCGGAUUCGUUGACGGAUCUAUACCCUUACCUGUACCGACUUCUGAUGAUGUGGAUGAUUGGUGGACGAACCAUUCAUUGUUGGUAUCCUGGAUACGUAACACGAUUGGACCAACGUUGCGUUCCACGAUCUCUCAUGUUGAACUUGCAUCUACUCUUUGGGAUGAUUUGAAAGCUCGUUUUUCUAUAAUUAAUGGGCUACGGGUUCAACAACUUAAGCGCGAGUUGACGGAGGUCAAACAGAGGGGUCUCACCAUAAUGGCCUACUAUGACAAAAAACAUGAAGAAGAGCGUGUUCAUCAAUUUUUGAUGGGCCUAGACGAAGGGGAGUAUAGUUCUAUUCGCUCACAGCUCCUGUCUCUUGAACCCCUGCCUACUAUGAGUCGGGUUUAUAAUAUCUUGGUCCAGGAAGAGACGGCUCGUGUCACGGUCUGUGGUACUAAAGGAGGCACCAGUGAUGCUGCGGUGUUUGCAACUAUCAAGGAGAUUACAUGCACCAACUGCAAAAAGCCCGGUCGAAACGGGGAACGUGGUGGCCGUGGAGGAGGCCGUGGCAGCAACCGCGGCGGUGGGAGAGCCGGCAGGAAUGACGGUCGCGGUAUAUUCGGACAACAUCCCAGCGGACAGGUGACAACACAUGCCGCAACCGCUGACGCGUCAUUCACUGCUUUUCCGGACUUCGACAAUCUUACUCCCGAGCAGUGGAAUGCAGUUCGUCAUGCCUUGUCUUUGUCUCCAACAGGGUCAACUUUGAACGAAUCGUUGUCAGCAAACAGACCCUUGUACCAUUGGUUUGCCAGAUGGAAGCCGGGUUAUAUCAGUGAUCAGGAACGUUGCAAUUUGAUAUCUGUUUCCCAACUGACGAAGGACUCAAAAUGUGAAGCACGUUUUACAGACAAAUCUUGUGUAUUACAGGACCUAAAGACAACGAUUGGUGUGGGUGAAUAUAGAGAAGGGUUUUACUACUUCAAACAAGAUGGAAAAGAAAAAGCGUUUAAUGCAGUUAAGGAACAUAGUUUUGAUUUAUGGCAUAAAUGUCUUGGACACCCCUCAUCUCGUGUUUUGUCUUUUGUCCCUUUAGCAGGCUCUAUUAAGAACAGUUGUUUAGCUAAUAAUUUUUGUGAGAUUUGUGUACGCGCUAAACAAUCACGUGCUAGCUUUCCUAUUAGCAUUCAUAAUUCUAGUGGCAUUUUUGAUAUGGUGCAUUGUGAUUUAUGGGGGCCGUAUAAAACACCAAGUCUGAAUGGGUCUACAUUUUUUUUGACAAUCGUCGAUAAUCAUUCUCGCGGAGUUAGGGUAUAUUUGUUGCAGUCAAAACGCGAUGUGGUCCCUAUGUUCCAACAAUUUUGUGCUUUGGUGACCCGUCAAUUUGAAAAAUAUGUCAAGUGUGUUCGGAGUGAUAAUGGGACAGAGUUUGAAGGGUUGAAAGAAUACUUCCGUACACACGGCAUCAUAUAUAAAACAUCUUGUGUUUCCACGCCUCAACAAAAUGGAAGGGUUGAACGUAAACAUCGUCACAUCCUCAAUGUGGCGCGGGCACUCCGAUUUCAGGCUUCUCUAUCUAUAAAGUUCUGGGGCGAAUGUUUUGUGCAUAAUCAGAAGCGACAUGGAGACAAAUUUGCUGAACGGAGUAUUCCUGGAAUAUUUCUUGGUUAUCCUCCUAGCCAGAAACGGUGGCAUGUUUAUUGUUCAGACACAGGGAAAAUUAUUGUUUCACGAGAUGUUAUUUUCUCGGAGAAUGUGUUCCCCUUUACGCAGGAAACAGAAGCAGACUCGGAGUCGCCACCUCCUAACCAGGACAACCUCAUCCCCGAAGAGGAGGAGGAGUGCGUGGAUAGUGUUCGGCCUGUCCCCGGUGCCAGGACACCCGCCGAACCAGCCACCCAGACCAACGACCUGCCCGUGGGCGGUACUACUACCGGCAGAGAUGAGGUGGCAGUCUCGGAGGUUCCAGUCCCUGUCCUAGUUGAUCCGAGCCUUGAUCAAGUUGCUGACCCCGAUGCACAGGGCCGAGGACGGUGA